AUGUAUGCUGCUGAAACAAGGUCAGCUCAAACGGAAUACUUCAUCUGGAUGCGACUUUUGGAGCUCAGUCAUCCCUUCCUCACCACAAUUCCUGCUCCAGAUCUCGUCAAGCGUGUCGAUGCAGACCCUUCCGCCUACCCGUACGGCACAGCCAUAACCAAUGAAUUCAGCUGGUCGGGGUGGGAUCCAAAUGACACAGGCACGCAAAAGGAUGAAGGUGUCAAAAUCCAUAACGCCUACGACGACAUGCUCAACAUGGUUUACUUCGCCUGGCAAGAAGCCAACGCAAAGAGCGAUACCUUCAAGCGUUGGUUCGAUGAGGGUGAUUCCGGAAAUGUUGUCAAGGUCCUGGAGAGAAUGUUCAAUCCAUCCGGCGUGGGUCAGGCCACGGAGCUGAUGAAGGACUGGAUUCUCUUGAGGAACGACGAUUACAAUAGGUGCGGCACUAAUUCUCGAAAUGCGUAUUCGGCAUGGGAGAGGGGGUUCUUCCAUAUCUGUCCGAAGGGUAUCGCGCAGCCGAACAUGCGGGACUUGAAGUGCACUGAUAUCGACGGCUUUGCUUCUCAGAAGAUGAAGAGCGUUGCCUUCACGAUGCUCCACGAGGCUACGCAUUGGAAAGAAGUCGGAGACGCCGCAUUAGGUAACCACAUCAAGGAUACCGCCAAUGGCGCCUACGACUGCUUCAACUUGCAAGGAUCAGACAAAUUACUCAACGCGCAGAACUACGCCUACCUAGGCGCCGAAGCAUACAUGCUGCGCAAGCAAUGCACUUUCACUGACCCACCUCCCGGCACAGCCGGCACAGAAGAUACCGACGACGAAGUCGAAGAUGAACCCACACCCACCCCUUCUCCGUCACCCGAACCCGAACCCACACCUACGCCCCCACCGCCACCACCAUACAACCCCGGAACAUGCUGCUUCCACCUCACCGAGACCGAAAUACCCUGUGUAAACAAUGACAACAAUCUCCGCGGCAUCAUCCGUCUCCUUGAUGACAAAAAGGAGGUUAUCGGCGAAACGGAUACCAGCAAUGGCGGGGUUGGCGAACGCAUGGAUGACGGGAACUCGUACCACUUCAAGUCGAAGCUGAUCAACGAGCUGGUAAUCACGGGCGAGCAUCAACAUGAUUAUGUGCAGUUCACGAUUGGGGGCUUGAGUUGGGCGAGUAAUGCUCCAAAUGGGGGAGGAGAGUGCAGUGUUGGUGGGUGGGAUCCGAGACAGGGGAGUAGCUGUGGAAGGUUUGGGAGUCAGACUGCUGUUAAGAAUAUGGAUUGUUGCUUUCCUUGUGAUGGGAGCACUUGA